AUGGUACACACCAACCCUGAAAAACCAAAAAUAGUGAAUCUCUCAAACCUAAACCUGUCGAACCAACAAAUCAAAAUCCUUUCAAAAGGACUAAAAUUCACUCCAACUCCACAAUACCCCAACCUGAGUGAAAAACAGGAUGAUGUCUCACAAUUUUGCAGAAAAUUACGCCUCGCAGAGGAAUAUUUUGACAAAGAAAUCAAUAGUAACGAAUCAAUGGUUCGUAACAAGAGCAAUUAUAAUCCCAUAAAAAGUAGAAACAAAACUUUGGACAAAUUUUAUGACUACAUUUCAAACUUCCCUUAUAGUGAACUUCCACAACCUAAACCCAAACCCAACACCAGUAAAAGGGAGUGGGAAAUCAUCUAUGAGUUACGAAACAAUCAUUACAUCACAAUCAAGGAAGCAGAUAAGGGUAAUAUUGUCGUCAUUAUGGAUACAGAACAAUACAAAGACUCUGUAUCUCACCUCUUACAAGACUACCCACUAUGA